UCACCUCCCGGGUCUCCACUCAGGACACCGAGGACUGCCCUCCCUGAUACACCAUCAAGCCGUACAGGACCACCACGCUCCUUAUCAUUCACCUUCUCCCACCGCUCAUCAUCUAUCUCACGUCAAAUUCUUGGCAAUAGCCAGCAGGAAUACAGUGAUAUCUUUGAAAAUGAUUUAGAUCGUGGCAAAACCUCGUUUCAAAUUAAUUCAAGUUCGUCAAGCUUUCGCGGUGCGCUUGAGAUUAGCCCUUCUCUGGGAAAAGCGACCACAGAUAAGAAGGGGAAAGCAAGAGAAAGCAGAGUUUUGGAUCAAUUCCAUGAUUCACCAUUAGAGGACAGGUCGAAUUCGAUGUUCCCAGAACAUUCUAACACAAUAAUUGAAGAGGAAGAAGAGAAGACAGAGAGGAAACCCAUGUCUCGCCAUAAAACAAUAGGACCUGUUCGCAAGCCCACAGAUCCUCCCCCUUUGGAUCUCCAGCGUUCUCAAUCUCACCCUCCCCAAAUAGAACACAAGAAGCCAGGAACAUCCGCAAAAUGGAACAAAUUACGUAGUCUCCUACCUUCUGUCAUUCGUGCUGGGCAACCUGGCAUUCUUGCACCACACUCCGUGGUCACCUCACACGAGGUGAAUAUCACGGAUGAACUCAUUACGGGCGGUUUGUCCACAUUGAUGCUGCGUUUGUGGUUUGAACACGACGAGAAGGGGCAUCGGCGCAUCCCUAUCCUCCUCCAUCGUCUGCGCAUACGGAUUAGUGACAGUCUACAUCCCAUGCAAGCGCAUAAAGCUGUGUUUCGUAUCGAGUGUGAAUAUGCCAACGGCGCAGUGCGUUGGGUGGUCUACAGGCAGCUUCGUGAUUUCCUUUCCCUGCAUGCCCAUUACGCUGUAUCCAAUGCGUUCAAAAGUCGAAAGGAUGUAUUGCCAGAGUUUCCUCGAACUAGUCUUCCUUACUUUAAAUUUUUGAAGAAGGAAUCCAGCGGGCGUCACGUCAAACAAACUGAUUUUGCUCGUUUGCAACGAGAAGCGCUAGAGGACUAUUUGCUUAAGCUUAUACGCGCUGUUAUGUUUCACCCAACUGCAAACCGACUUGCAUGCUUCCUUGAGAUAAGCGCAUCAUUCAUCACUCUUGCUCAGUUUGGUGGCGCACAACUUAAAGCUGGAUUCCUGCGCAUUGACACAGAAGGUAAUGGCCCCGGGUUUGGGCGAAAAUCAGCACGGUGGCGAGAGCGGAAGAUGUCUCGGUGGUGUGCCGUUCGUGAGAGUUAUAUCGUGGCCAUGGUAAUCUGGGACGUCUUCCUCUUCGAUUCGGAAUUCAAGAUCAUUCGGCCCACGCGAUACUAUCGUAAGGGUCUGCACCUCUUGCACGCAGAACCGGAGGACCGUGAAUUUCUUGUUGGCCUCAACAAGACGCAGCAGCAGCCGCACCCACAGACUCAAAUAGUGUACCCACAGGCCGAGGCUGAAUGUCUCUCUGCGAUAGAUAGUAUCAGAAGUCGCCUUUCGCGGGUCCUUCGAAUUGCCAAUAGGUCAUCGCCAAAUAUUACAGCCACCACGGAUGGUGAGGUACCGAUCAAUCGGGAUAAUACCACGGUAACGGGGCACACGAGGACAGAGUCAGUCAGUUCUGGCAGCUCCGCAGUAUCAUCUCGUCCUGCGACACCGAUGUUAGAUCCGUCUACGCACGUGAAUCCUUUGACGAGCAGUGGUCCCGCCGAGGGUAGGGAGACAGAAGGGGAGACAAACGAACAAGAUAAGAGGAAGAAGAAAAAACGGUCGGAUGAUGUCUCAAAGCAUACGUUUUAUGUCCAGAAUUCGCAAAUGCGGCUGAAGUUAUGGGCAAGAAAUGAGCGUCAAAUGUUGCAAUGGAUUACUGCCCUAGAAAAAGCCGCUGCUGCGACCCCAUUCAUCGCAAAAAAUCGCUUUGACAGCUUUGCUCCAGUGCGAUUGAACGUCGCUGCUCAGUGGCUUGUUGAUGGGCGCGACUACAUGUGGAAUUUGUCCCGGGCUAUCCUCAUGGCACAAGCGACCAUCUAUAUUCACGACUGGUGGCUAUCCCCUGAGCUGCAACUGAGGCGUCCUAAUAAACCCAAGUAUCGCUUGGAUCAUCUGCUUGAAAGAAAGGCCAAAGAAGGCGUCAAGAUCCACAUAAUUCUAUACCAGGAAGUUUCGAAUCGAACUACCCCCACAGAUAGCAAUUAUGCGAAGCAACGCCUCAUGUCGCUACACCCAAACAUUAUGGUUCAACGUUCACCUUCACACUUCCAAACUGGUACAUUCUACUGGGCACACCACGAGAAGCUUUGCGUUAUUGAUGAGACUAUAGCAUUCAUGGGAGGAAUUGACCUAUGUUUCGGAAGAUGGGAUACGCCACAGCACGUCAUCGUCGAUGACCCGGAGCUAUCGGCAGACAAGACCGAAAUCUGGCCAGGCAAAGACUACAGUAACCCGCGGGUUCUUGAUUUUCAUGCGCUAAAUAAACCCUUUGAGGACAUGUAUGACAGGGCGAAGGUGGCCCGGAUGCCUUGGCAUGAUGUAGGUUUGCAAGUCGUAGGUCAGCCUGCUCGCGAUCUCGCUCGACACUUUGUUGAAAGAUGGAAUUAUUUGCUUCGGCUGAAGAACCAUUCCCGAACCAUGCCUUUCCUGCUACCUCCGCCCGAGUUCAAACCUGAAGAGCUCGCUGCAAUGGGUCUGACAGGCACAUGCGAGAUGCAAAUCUGCAGAUCAGCCGGCCCUUGGUCGCUCGGUACUUCCAAUCGAAUUGAGCAUUCAAUUCAAAAUGCAUACCUAAAAGCCAUCGAGAUGUCGGAACACUUCGUGUACAUUGAGAAUCAAUUCUUCAUAACCUCGACCGUCGUGAAUGAUGUCAAGGUUGAGAACCGGAUUGGCGAUGCGUUGGUCGAUCGGAUCAUCCGCGCACAUCGUGAGGGCACUCCGUGGAAAUGUUGCAUCGUCAUUCCCCUCCUCCCUGGCUUCCCCUUUUCUAUUGAUCACAGCGACGCUAGCGCAAUUCGAAUCAUUGUCGAGUGUCAAAACCGCACUAUCUGCCGUGGGCCCAAUUCGAUAUUUACUCGACUUCGUAAAGAGGGUAUAGAGCCUGAAGAUUAUAUCUCUGUUUUUUCACUGAGAAACUGGGCUAAAAUGCGGAACGGUGUAUUGACUACUGAGAUAUUAUAUAUUCAUGGCAAGGUUUGUAUUGUGGAUGAUCGUCUGGCAAUUAUUGGCAGUGCAAACAUCAAUGAGCGUUCUCAACGUGGCGAUCGAGAUUCCGAAAUUGCUGCAGUCAUCCGAGACACUGACCUAAUUGACGGCACGAUGGCAGGAAAACCCUUCAAGGUCGGGCGAUUUGCACACACCUUGCGAAUGCGGUUGAUGCGAGAGCAUGUUGGUGUGGAUGUUGACGCCAUGAUUGAUUAUGAGCCUACGCCCCAAGAAGAAAUCGAGCCUGAUCAUGAACAAGAAUGGGACCUAGAAUUGGAGCAAGAGCGUGGUGAUCGCAAUGUUACUCAAGUCAAGCACAUGACUCCCAUGUCUAAUAUGCUCCGCAGUGCAGGCGAAGGUAUCAAACAAAGUUCGUCUGACAACGAAGCUGCUUGGAAUGCUUUCCACCAUCUCAAGAAACCUAUUGGGAAGGUGGAACUUUACAAACCAAACAAUCCGGAGCAAGAUGCAUCUCUGGAGGAGCGUAUGGCGUACAUUUGUGAAGGCAACGAGGAACCAGGACUCCCUAGCGUAAUAGUCCCAACUGUAGGAGAGGCAGUUGUUCAAGACCGCCUGCCUCCAGGUUCACAGGCUGAGCAUCCUCCUUUGAAAGAUAAGCUCGAACAUCAACUGGGCGGAAACUCUGACCCCGACGAGAAGCGCACAGCUAAUGGGAAAGCAAACGGGCCUCCGGCGCUUGCGUUAAAGAAUCCACAGACCGGUGACGAACCACUCCAUCUGGAGUCGGGAGCCAAUGACCCGGACGCGCUUGAGAAGACUUCUCUGGGAACUAAGACCCUACCCAGGAAGCAUCUCACUAGCAAAGUCGGCAAUAAAGCGUGGACUGUAUCGAUUCCCGCUCCCCAUGUAGAUCCAGAAGGUUUCGAGGACCCGAUAUCUGAUGCAUUUUGGAAGAAUGUCUGGAUUGCUUGUGCUACGUAUAACACCGACAUUUAUCGCAAAGUUUUCCAUGCUAUCCCCGACGACCACAUUACGACGUGGAAGCAUUACAAAGAAUUUGUUAUUCACCACGAACGCUUCUCUAAGCUGGCAACGAGUAGCCAUUCGUCCUACCCAGCAUCACGAAUACCCUCAGAGACAACGCACGAAGACGGACCAUAUCAAAAGGAAGGUUUGGCGGAUGCCGCUCAGGAGAGCCGCGAAACCUUUUGCACCAACGAUGGAAGUGACGGCGCCCCCUCCAGAGGAUCUCAGCUCCUUGACAAGGACACUCGUAGCCGAAAACCUGCGAAUGGGAUAGAGCCCUUUACCAAGCAGGAACGGGAUGAAAUGGAAGAGCUGUUGAAAAAUGUCCGUGGACACCUUGUUGUGUAUCCCAGCCGAUUCUUGGAAGGAGAGGACAUGGCAGGGAACUUUAUGUUCAAUGCAGACAGGAUGCUACCUCUCCCGAUCUAUAACUGAACUUUCUCCGCACCAUCAGUUUCACGACCCAUUUCGCAUAAAGAAUCGACAAUGUAUAUGUAUUACGCGCACUCCUAACAUUUGCUUUCGAGGUUUUGCCAUUUAUUUUUUCUUUUAAGCUGUUUCCAUGUCGAAGACCAUCUU